AUCGUACUCCUGAACUGGUGCUCUUGAAACCGUAACCGGACCCACCCGUGUGUUCUUUUUGAUGAAUAGCAAUUUUACGCCCUUUGAAUAAUAAAAGCGUACCAAGCCUUUCUUGUGGGUACUUUUGUAGAAUAGCAGUGUCAGCAGAGAGACUGAGAGAGGGGUGGGAAUGGAGAUAGAGGGGACGCCGGCUCUCCAUGGAUACCACAUGCCUGCAGAGUGGGAACCCCAUUCACAGUGUUGGAUGGGUUGGCCUGAGCGUCCAGAUAACUGGCGAGACCAUGCAGGGCCUGCCCAACGCGUAUUCACUGAAGUAGCAUCUGCAAUCUCAAAGUUUGAGCCUGUGACUGUCUGUGCAAGUGCUGCUCAGUGGGCCAAUGCACGUAGCCUGCUACCACAACAUAUCAGGGUUGUUGAGAUGAGUAUGGAUGAUUCUUGGUUCCGUGAUACUGGACCGACUUUUGUUGUAAUCAAGCCCACACCAAGUUCUGCUGCUCCAGUGCAAAAGAUUGCAGGAAUUGAUUGGAAUUUUAAUAGUUGGGGAGGCUAUGAUGAUGGUUGUUACAAUGAUUGGAGUCUUGAUCUUCUCGUGGCAAAGAAGAUUCUGGAAAUUGAGAGGGUUCCCAGGUUUCCACAGUCUAUGAUUCUUGAAGGUGGAAGUAUUCAUGUAGAUGGAGAAGGAACUUGCCUUACUACAGAGGAGUGCCUCUUGAAUAAAAAUAGGAACCCGCAUUUGACUAAGGAGCAAAUAGAGGCUGAGCUUAAGUCCUAUCUUGGAGUCAAGAAAGUUAUUUGGUUGCCUCGCGGAUUAUUUGGUGAUGAUGAUACUAAUGGCCAUAUUGACAAUAUGUGCUGUUUUGCAAAGCCUGGUGUGGUUUUGUUGUCCUGGACUGAUGAUGAAUUAGAUCCUCAAUAUGAACGUUCUGUUGAAGCCUUUUCUGUUCUCUCCAAUGCUACUGAUGCUAGAGGUAGAAAAUUACAAAUAAUCAAACUUCACGUGCCAGGGCCUCUUUAUAUGACAGAUGAAGAGGCUUCUGGAAUUCUUCAGGAUGAUAAUGCUAAACUGAGAGUUGCUGGUACAAGACUUGCUGCUUCCUAUGUUAACUUCUAUAUUGCCAAUGGAAGGAUCAUAGCACCAGUAUUUGGGGACCAAAAGUGGGAUGAUGAAGCUGUUCGUGUCCUGUCUCUGGCCUUUCCAAAUCAUGAAGUGGUAGGAAUUAAAGGUGCAAGGGAGAUUGCUUUGGCAGGUGGAAAUAUACAUUGCAUCACACAGCAGCAGCCAGCCAUUGCCUAGAGUUAUGCAACUGCUUCUUCUCAGUGUGCCAGCAUCAGAGGCAAACUCUUGUGUGAGGGACAGAGACCCUUUGAAUCCUGUGUAUUUUAGUACAAUAUGGUUACCCCAACUUAAUUUUAAUUCCAAGUUACUGGUACAUCUAUGAUGGGACUGUGGUUUGCUUUGGUUCAAUGGCAAACUUUUAGUCUCCUAGUUCUCAGUACAGAUGAGAAGUAUCUGAACAGGCUUAAUUGCAGCAAAAUCAAAUUGAGAUCCACAUGUUUAGAGCAUGUGUCUGAUUCUUCAUUUAAUAUAUACUAUUCUCAUA